UCGCCGCCGCCGCCAACCCCACCCACCGCACGUUUCGCCCCCAUAGCCAUGGCCUCCCACGCCGCCUACUCCCGCCCUCGCCUCCUCUUCAGCGCCUUCUCCUCAACCACUCCACGGGCUCAAGUACCCAAGUCUGCUCCCGAGCCCGCGCCCACGCCUGCACCGGGCCAGAAUGCGGCAGAUGGCGAGGCGGAUGCGAAACCCCACGCCGGCCGCAACCGCCGGAUGCGCAUCGGCAAAAUCCUGCGGAUGAUCUCCGAGGAGCGCCACCCAGACAAGCUGGUGUCCCAGUUCAUCACCGCGUCGACCGCGUCCCCACGCUUCCGCGACAACCGCCGCGUGUACGAGGUGGCGGUGUCCCGCCUCGCCUCCUACGGUCGCCGCGACGCCGUCGCGGCCCUUCUCGACUCGCAGAAGCCCUUCAUUGAGGCCUCCAGAUCGGGCUUCGCCGCGCGGCUCGUCCGCCUCUACGGCCGCGCCUCCAUGCCGUCCCACGCCGCUGCGACCUUCCUUGACCUUCCCCCAAAGCACAAGUCCGUCACGGCCUUCAACGCCCUCCUCGCCGCCUACAUAGACUCAGGCGACUUCGACAAGCUCGUUGCGGCGUUCCCGGAACCCGGCCUCUCGGCCGCCCUCGAUGUCAUCCCGCUCAUGGAGAAGUGCGGCCUUACCCCCGAUGAGAUAUCUUUCAACAGUCUGCUUAAUGGGUUUUACAACAAUGGCCGCUUUAAUGAUGCCGAGAAAGUCUGGCAGAUGAUGAAGGAGAGGAAUGUUGAGCCGAACACAAACAGCUAUAACGCAAAGCUGCGGGGUCUGGUUGUCGAAGGGAGGAUUGAGGAUGCAGUCGCUGUAAUUGAGAUGAUGCAGAAAGAUGGGCCCAAACCUGAUUCAGUGUCCUACAAUGAGUUGAUUCGAGGGUAUUGCAAGGAAGGGAGGUUGGAUGAGGCCAAGAAAGUAUAUGAUGAUCUGGUAAAGAAUGUAUGUGCUCCAAAUAAGGGAACAUUUGAAACUCUCGUGCCAUGUUUUGUGGAAGCUGGAGAGCUUGAUCUUGCUCUAAGUUGCUGCCAUGAGAUCUUUAGUAGGAAGUGCCGAGUGAAAUGCUCAUUGCUGCAGGGGGUGGUGACGGCAUUGGUUGCUGCAUCUAGAAUCGAGGAGGCUACCAGGAUUGUUAAGCUUGGGUGGAAGAACAACUAUCCUCCGAGGGGUCUGAAGAUGCCAGCACUUACUGAAAAAAACUAUGAUGUAGAAGCAGAAACUGACUGCGAUGAUUCAACACCGUAUGAAGAGGGGAGUAAGGAGGAAAAGCAGUCUGACAAUAGCCCUGUUCGUUUCAGCUGGCAGAUUUUAAAUGCUCGACUUUGGAAAAUUCUGAAGUCAGGAGACUCCUGGAAUCAAGAAUCCAAAAUCCAUUAACCUUUAAAAUCAGCUAGUAGCUGAAACAAACGGGACCAAUGCUUGAUGGCCUGAUGAGGAUAUGCUUUCGUAGAUUAGCCAUGGAUAUGUUGAGGAGCUUCGGCAGGUUCUAAUCUAUCCAUGUUCGGAAACGAAGCCGCACACAUCUAAAGGCAUGCUACGAAUCGUGCGGCAGGAUAGGCACUAGCCAUGUGCGCACAAAGUCCAUACUCUGCUUAGGUGGAAAAAACAUCUAUAAUUUCUUACCGGAUAUUCACAGCAAAUGCUUCGUGUUGCCUAGGAUGUCUAGCAUGAAAAUUGAGAAUUUGUCACAUGGCAUGGAAAGUGUUAAUUAUAUUAAACUUAAUGUUUUUUUGGUCUUUAACCAUUCUUUAAGUUACUGUAAUCUUUAUGUUAAUUGUAUUCGAAGGAGUUCUAUCGUGCAUCUGAAUCAUAACGGCUGUUCAUUGUUAGCAAAUGUAUG